AUAAAGAAUCAUUAAGACAACCUAAUGAGUCUCUUCCAGUUCACCACUAGAAGGCUUGUUUUCCAGACAUGCUGUGGACUUAAAACUCCUUUUUCCAAGAAACAGAGGUUUUACUUAAAAAUGGCUCGUCCUAAUUCAAAUAUGGCGGAUUUUCGGGAAGUAUUUGCCAAGUCAAAGCACAUAGCCAUCAUUACAGGGGCUGGUGUUAGUGCUGAGAGUGGUGUUCCUACCUUCAGAGGUGCAGGGGGGUUUUGGAGGAAAUGGCCAGCUCAGGAACUGGCUACUCCAGAAGCCUUUGCAAGGAAUCCUUCUCGUGUGUGGGAAUUUUAUCACUAUCGUCGGGAAGUGAUGCUGAGUAAAAAGCCUAACCCAGCGCAUAUUGCUAUUGCGGAAUGUGAAUCCAGAUUAAGCAGACAAGGAAGGAGUGUUGUGGUCAUUACCCAGAACAUUGAUGAGCUCCAUAGAAGGGCAGGCACAAAGCACCUCUUAGAAAUUCAUGGUAGCUUAUUCAAAACCCGAUGCACCAGCUGUAGAAACGUGACAGAGAAUUACAAGAGUCCUAUAUGCGCAGCUUUGGCUGGGAAAGGCGCUCCAGACCGUGAAAUAGAAGAUGCCAAGAUUCCAGUUGAAGAUCUUCCUCGGUGUGAAGAACAUGGUUGCAAUGGCCUCCUCCGUCCCCAUGUUGUGUGGUUUGGAGAAACUCUGGAUUCUGAUAUUCUCACGGAGGUUGAAAAAGAAUUAGAGAUCUGUGAUCUUUGUUUGGUGGUUGGAACUUCCUCUGUGGUGUAUCCAGCUGCUUGUUUUGCUCCUCAGGUGUCUGCCAGGGGAGUUCCCGUUGCAGAAUUUAACAUGCAGACUACCCCUGCUACGGAAAAGUUCAGGUUUCAUUUUUCUGGUCCUUGUGGAACCACCCUGCCUCCAGCGCUUGCCCACCACGAAACUGAGCUAAUCUUGUGAGCACUGGCCCAGGGGAAGAAUCGAGCUGCUGAGACCACCUGGAAACACACACCCAGCGAGUUGGUACCAGCCGGUAAGGACACGGGCCGGCUUUCCAAGGAGACCAAACUGAGACAAGAAAGGAACUGAAGGAGGCCCAGGUCGCAAGGGGGGGGGACCUGAAAGCUGCGGAAUAAAAGAAAGAGAAGUGAAGUUGCA